AUGGAUCUGGAUGAAGUCUCCCGAUAUGCCAUGAUACUGAAAUUCGAUGGCGAGCUGCGCGCGACCAAUGAGGAGCAGACCCCGAAGCCUCUGUCGACUCGCAUCCCUCUCGACCCAACAUGGCCAAAGUGGGUCAAAUGGGCUCGAACAUUGCGUCAGGCAGCUAUCAACUACAAGAUCAUCAUGAUACAUCAAAGUUUCAUCAGCAAAAGCUUUAAGGACGCGCGCUAUACCUACACCAGAUGGGCGUGCGGCACAGCCGCGAAGAACCUCGUUGCCCUCUACAAAACACGCGAUCCCGAAGAGCCACAGUGGUGGGUCGAGCAAGCGUUCCUAGUCACAGCUGCGUUGUGUCUCCUCCUCGACCUAUUCCAUCGACAGGACCGCGAUGCCGAAGCUGAAGAGAACCUAGCCUGUGUGCGGCAGGCUAUAAACUACCUACAGCAGUUCGUCACAAGUUCUGUCGCCGCCCACGGCGUGCGCCUUCUCUGCUCUCUGAUUCAAGAAUACUGUAAAUUACACGAAGGCGUCCGUCCACCAGCGGCACAGCAACAACCUGGCAUCACCGGCUUCGAGGACUUGCAAUUGCCAGCACCUCCGGCCAUGCCGGCACAAAACCUACCUUCGCAUUCACAGCCCAAUGUAAAUGAGACUCCGGAGUUGACGCUGACGAGCGAGGAAGUUGCACAAUUCAACUUUGACAUUGAUAAUGUCUUCAUGGACUACUUGCCGGCGGAAGGUGGGCUCGACAAUAACGUGCUUUGGGAUAGUAUAUAUGGAUUGGCGAAUGGUCAGCUCAUAGCCAUAUUCGCAAUGAAAGCAGUCAAGGUCGAUAGCUUUGUCACAGACUUGACAGUUCUCCAACCAAAAGAUGUCCCGACUCCAACGCCAAGCUCCAAGGAUGAACUCACAAUCAAAAUCACCCAUGCAGCCAUAACCCACGUCGACCUCCUCUACGCCCAAGGCCUGCACCAGAACAACAAACGCCAUGUACAACCCCCCUUUAUCCUCGGCAACGAAUUCUCCGGCAUCGUCACUUCCUCCCCGCCAACCUCGUCAUUCAAACCCGGCACGAAAGUCUUCGGUGGCGGUCUCGGCUCCUACGCUGAAUCGAUCUGCGUCCCCGAAGCAGCUGUCCGCCGCGUGCCCGCGCAAUGGAGCCUCGCGGAAGCAUGUGCAGUCGGCGCGUCUGGCGCUGUGAGUUACGGCGCGCUUGUCAGUGUUGCGCAGGUCAAGAGCGGGGAGACGGUGUUGGUGCUGGGUGCCAGUGGGGGAUUGGGCGUGAUGGCAAUUCAGAUUGCGAAGGGGCUGGGGGCGAAGGUCAUUGCUGUUGUUGGGAGUGCGGAGAAAGCGAGAGUGGUGAGGGAGAUUGGGGCAGAUGGUGUGGUCGAUUAUCGUGACGGGAAGUGGGAGGAUGGAGUCAAGGCGCUGACGCAGGAUGGUGAGGGCGUAGAUGUGGUGUAUGAUGGUAUCGGGGCUGUGGAGAGCGGGCUGAAGUGUCUCAAGUAUCGCGGAAGAUUGGUUGUUGUGGGGUUUGCGGCGAGAGGUGGUAAUAUUGAGAAUGUGAGGGCGAAUAGGAUAUUGCUCAAGUCGGCGAUGGUGCAUGGGUAUAGGUUUGGUGAGGAUGGGAGGCAUGAUCCACGGCGCACGAAGGACGGGUGGGAAGCUUUCAUGAAGAUGGUAGACCAGGGUAAGAUAAAGCCGGUGAUAUACAAAGAGGAUUAUAGAGGGUUGGAGAGCGUGAGUCGGGCACUGGAGGAUGCGAAGACGCACAAAGCAUGGGGGAGAGCGAUACUGAGGAUAAACGAGGGUGCGGAAGAGGAAUUGAAUACCAUGGCCGACUACGAUCGCGAGGGCUCUGCCGAGUCGGAGGACUUCAAUCCCGUGCCCGAAAUAGAUGAGGAUGACGAGCCAGCGAGCCGGCCUGCUCCAAGUAGGCCUGCAGCAGAUGAGGAUGAAGACGACAAUGAUGCGCUUGGUCUGACCGGCAACCCUGACGAAGAUGAAGAGGGCGAGGGCGUAGAUCUUGACAACGACGAUGACGACGACGAGGAUGAAGAGGAUGAGGACGAGGAUGACGUUGUAGCCCGACCCGCCAAGCGACGGAAGAAGACAAGGCGCAACAUGUUCAUUGAUGUCGAGGCUGAAGUCGAUGAAGAAGACGAGGAGGAGGAAGAGGGCGACGACGACGGUGUUGAAGAUGUGCACCCCGACGACCUCCUCGAGCCCACGGGCGCCGAACUCGACGACCGCCACCAUCGCGAGUUGGACAUGCGCCGCGAGGCCGACCAGCAGAUCGACGCAGAGGACAUUGCCAGGAAGAUCGAUGAGCGAUACAAGCGACGUGCCGUCCAGGGCGCUCGCCGAGGAGGAGCUGGCGCAGUCCCUCUGGCGCUACCAACGGUGAACGAUCCCAUGAUCUGGAUGUGCAAAGUGCGUCCGGGCAAGGAGCGCGAAAUCAUCAUGGCAAUCCAGAAGCGCAUCGACGACAAGCUGCGCACCAAUCAGCCUGUCAACGUCUACUCGGCCUUUGAGCGAGGUCCUACCGGUCCCCAGUCUGGGUACCUCUACGUUGAAGCCGAUACACAGCAGGCCAUGGUCGACAUCAUCGACGGUGUCACCAACGUCUUCAUGGGGUCCGGUCAGACGGCCAUCAGUGUCAAGGAACGUCCAGACCUGCUGCGAAAGAAGAAGCGCGCGCCGCUAGAACAGGGCAAAUUCGUGCGCAUGCUUCGACCUCCUACAUACAAGGGCGAUCUGGCAAAGAUUGUCGAGGUCGGCUCGAAUGGCCUCGAUUGCGUCGUGCAACUCGUGCCCCGUCUGGACUACGGUCUGAAUGAAGAUGCGAACGCUGCCGCGGACAACAAGCGCAAGCGAGGCGGUUUCUUUGGUCGUAACGUUGAACGACCGCCUGCCAAGCUGUUCAGCGACACAGAAGCAAAGAAGCGACACAUGAAGCAUCUGACCAUGUCAGGCUCCGGACAAGCGCGAACCUACCAUUACAAAGGAGAUGAUUACCAAAACGGCUUCCUCAUCAAGGAUGUCAAGGUCAAUUGGGUCAGCACCGAGCGCGUCAACCCUAAGAUGGAGGAACUGCAAUUUUUCUCCAUCCAAAAUGCCGACGGAACAGAAACGCUGGACCUGUUGGCAGUCCAGGCUGCUCAAAAAGCCUCCGAGAAUGGUUCGGCGUUCGCCCAGGGAGACAAUGUCGAGAUCUACACCGGUGAACAAAAGGGCAUUCGUGGUACUACGGUCACGGUCGUUGGUGACAUUCUCACUCUUCGCGUCACAGAUGGUGAAUUGAGGGGACGGAAAAUCGAUGCGCCGGUAAAGACGCUACGAAAGCUCUUCCGCGAGGGUGAUCACGUCAAGGUUAUUGGUGGCAGCAGAUAUGUCGAUGAAGUCGGUCUUGUUACGAAGAUCAGGGACGAUAAGAUCACCCUGCUCAGCGACUCGACUCAGGCAGAGAUUACAGUCUUUAGCAAGGACCUGAAGCGUGCUGCGGAUUCUGCUACCGUUGGGGCUGACUCCAACUUCGACCUAUACGACUUGGUGCAGAUUGAUGCUUCAACCAUCGGCUGUGUUGUCCGUGUCGAUCGAGAAGUCUUGAAGGUCGUUGACCAGCAAGGUGAUGUUCGAACGCUCCUACACACUCAGGUUUCCCAGGUCAUGGGCAGGAAUAAGCACGCUGUGGCAACCGACCGCGACGGUUCCGAAAUUCGACACGACGACGAUGUCAAAGAGUUCAGCGGCGAAAAUCGCCAAGGAAAGGUUAUCUACAUCCAUCGUGGAACUCUUUUCGUACGGAACCGCGAGCUCGUCGAGAACCAGGGUAUAUUCGUUGUCCGCAGCUCAAACGUUGUCACAAUGGCUGCGAAGAGUGGUCGCGCACAGGCACAGGGCCCAGAUCUUAGUGGGUUGAACCCUGCUCUGAAUGCGCAGAAUGGCAACGCUGGGGCCGCUAUGGCACCGCCUCGUAAUCUCGGUCGCGACAAGCUGAUUGGAAAGACGGUCGUUAUUCGCAAAGGUGCUUACAAGGGUUUGUUGGGUAUCGUCAAGGACACAAUGAACGAUGAGGCCCGUAUCGAACUACAUACCAAGAACAAGCAGAUCUCGGUCAAGAAGGAAUUAUUGACUAUCAAAGAUCCCAUCACUGGAAACAACAUGGAGUUUGGAAGCGGCAAGUUUCCCAAUCGCUCGCGAGGCGGAUUCUCUGGCAGCACCCCGAGCCACAACGGCGGCGGACGUACUCCCGCAUGGGGCAAUUCUUCUGGUCGCGGCAGUGCACCAUCAUGGGGUAGCACUCCAGCUGGCGGUCGCACACCUGGCUGGGGAGGAGGUAGUGGUGGCCGAACACCCGGCUGGGGUGGAGACGGCGGUCGCACAGCUUAUGGUGGUGGCGAUGGAAGCCGGACUGCGUACGGCGGUGAUGGCUCACGAACAGCUUAUGGUGGAGCAACCGCGUAUGGCGGCUCGACUUCAUAUGGCGGAUCAACAUCAUACGGCGGCAACGAUGGCUCACGCACCGCAUAUGGAGGCUUCAAUGCAGGCAACCGCACGCCUGCUUGGGGAGGUUCAUCCGGCAGCGCUACCAAAUCAUCUGGUGGUCUCUCUGCUCCCACCCCUGGUGCAUACAAUGCACCCACACCGGGCGCGUAUGCAGCUCCAACUCCUGGUGCUUACGGCGCAUACUCAGCACCUACACCUGGCGGGCCAAUGGACGCGCCAACGCCAGGCAACUACUCUGCUCCUACACCAGGAGAUACUGGAUACAAGUACGGCACGACCCCUGCAGCUGCACCCACACCAGGGGCCUGGGGUGAACCAGCGACGCCCGCGCCGAGUGGAGAGGACCCCGGGUACCAUUGA